GAAGACUGCGUCUCUCUCUCUCUCUCUCUUUCUCUCUCUCACUCUCAUUUCGUUUAGUACACCCACAGACACACACACACACACUCGGCGCCGUACACUAUUCCAAUCCUUAGCAGCCUGAGGGACGCAUACACAGACACAGAGAGCAGAAUAACAGCUAAACCAGACUGUACCGACUGGAAAAGAUCUGAACUCCACCACAGAUGGGGCCUGGAUUGUUUUGGAACUUCCCUCCCAAGGCUGGCUGCAUGGUUCCACAGAGCCUCCUGCAGACCAUGUUGCUGUCCAGGAUGGCGGGGAUGAAGGAGCAGCAGUUCACCGAGGAGAAACCACUGCUGCCGGAGCAGCGAGGAGUUGACUCAGACAUGCAGGAUAAAGGAGAGGAGGCAUCGGGGGGGUUACCGUGCCCCGCCAGCCCCGCCAGCCCCGCGCCCCUUAACCCCCCUCCUCCCCCCAGCCGCCCCACUCACCGCUGGCAUGUCAUCGCACGGCACUGGCUCCGCCAGACCCGCCGUCGGACCAGCGGGGUCCCAUCGGAAAGCUGUGAACAGCUGAUGCCGGCAGGGGAUUGGAAGGAACAUGAUGUCGAGACCCCUUAUGGGAUGCUGCAUGUGGUGAUCCGCGGGGCACCCAAAGGAAACAAGCCCGCAAUCCUCACCUACCACGAUGUGGGACUGAACCACAAGCUGUGCUUCAACCCUUUCUUCAAUAAUGAGGAUAUGCAGGAGAUCACCAAGCACUUUGUGGUUUGCCACGUCGACGCCCCGGGACAGCAGAUUGGAGCGUCACAGUUGCCACAGGGGUACCAGUACCCUACCAUGGACCAGUUGGCCGGGAUGCUGCCCACUGUGGUGCAGCACUUUGGAUUUAAGAGCAUUGUUGGGAUCGGAGUUGGAGCUGGAGCUUACAUUCUGGCCAAGUUUGCACUGAUCUUCCCUGACAUGGUGGAGGGUUUGGUUCUGCUCAACAUCGACCCCAACGGCAAAGGCUGGAUUGACUGGGCUGCCACCAAGCUGUCAGGUCUGACCAGCGCUCUGCCAGAUACUGUGCUGCCACAUCUUUUCAGUCAGGAGGAGCUGAUGAACAACACAGAGCUUGUGCAGAGCUACAGGCAACAGAUCAACAACACCGUCAACCAGUUCAAUCUGCAGCUUUUCUGGAACAUGUAUAACAGUCGGAGGGACCUUGAGAUGAAUCGCGCUGGGACGGUGCUCAACGCCAAGACCCUGAAGUGUCCUGCGAUGCUGGUUGUGGGAGACAAUGCUCCAGCUGAGGAGGGAGUGGUCGAGUGCAACUCCAAACUGGACCCAACCAACACCACCUUCCUAAAGAUGGCUGACUCUGGUGGACUUCCCCAGCUCACACAGCCUGGGAAGCUGACUGAAGCCUUCAAGUAUUUCCUGCAGGGAAUGGGCUACAUCGCUUAUGUGAAGGAUCGGAGGUUGAGUGGAGGGCCAGUGCCCUCCGCCAGUAUGACCCGCCUGGUUCGUUCUAGGACGGCCUCCCUGACCAGCGCCAGCUCCAUUGACGGCGGGUCCCGUUCUCGGGCCUGCACCCAUUCCGACAGCACCGAGGGAGUCGGCACUGUCACCCACACCAUGGAGGUGUCCUGCUGAGGAGUCGGCCAGCCAUAGGAAGAGGGCGGGAGGGCUACUAGAGGGAUGGAGAAAGAAAGAGCAAGAUGGUGGGGUUAAGGGUGGUGGAGAUGAAGGUGUGACCGCCUCUCUGUAGUCAGACACGGUAGAUGGUAGAACGAGACAGCGACAGGAAGGAAAGCCGAUGAACAAGAUGGAGACAGCUCUCUCUCUGUCUUCAUCUGUCUCCUCCAGAUCCCUUUGUCUGUCAUCUUCUUCCCUGCUCCACCUGUAAAAUACCAUACGUGUUGCUACUAACACCCCCCAACCACACCUUGAAAUACCCACCUCGACCCCACCCCUGUCACCCAGCACUUAAAGAUUUAGGCAACUUGUUUUGUUCUUGUAGUGUCAUUCUUGUGUUUGCAAACUGUCUACUCAUUCUUUGCCUGCACCUACCCCCCCCCCCCCCCCCCCCCCCACCCUCCGUCUGUCAACAGUCCACACAGCGAUAUAUGAUAUAAGCUGCUGUUAAUGAUGGAAAUGUGUCAGAGAAGGUGAAAGUGCAGGAUAUAGCAAGGAAAACAGAACUUUUAUAUUGUACUGCAAUGAAAAAGUGUAUUGCAUCUUUUUUUUGCAGUUUAUUCUUUCGUUGUAUGGACACAAUGUGAGUGAUCUCUCUCUGCGUUGUUUGCAAGAAAUGGUUAUUUCUCUCUAUGAGUGACUGGUAAGUGUCAGAGGGGGGUGUGUCCAGGAUUUAACAGACAACAGAACACAGCCUGUCGUAGCCAAGUGCACCUAUAGAGCAUAGCUAGAGCACACCACGCUGAUUUAAAGCUGCACUUGGUAAGAUUUUAUGUCAAACGUGUAAACUACACGUAGAAUGAGAGGGGUACCAUCAGCAUACAUGCGUUUCAGGCCACCAGUGGUUAAGCGAAACCUAGCCACUACACCACCAGGGAGUCCAUCCGUUUUAAUUGCUUUUACCGCGAUAAUCUGUACGUGAUUUGGUCUAAGUACAACCAAACUCGUGUUUGAAUUGUCUUGAUUUUGAGCAAGAUGACAAUCUGCGAUUUGUGAGCCGCUGGAGUCCAUCUAUUGUUUAGUAUCAAAUAAGCUUAAAAUGAUUGAUAUGAAUAUAACAUAGCAAAUGUAGCAGCAAAGUUACUCUUGAUCAGCAAACAACUCACAGGUGGAAUUGGGCUUGUGUUUCCAGACUUUAAUCGCUCACUUAUAAUCGAUACCUUACAGAGUGAAGGAAGAAACUGCUUAAAAUAUAAUCAUUAUAUUAUUGUAUCUGCAUGAGCUGAAAUUGCAAAAUGUGUAGUGCAACGCAAGAUAAUUCUAUCCACACCAAUCAGGACACUACAGACGUAAUAACUUGUUAUGUCACUUUUCUGCAAGGAAGAGACAAAUUAAACCAAACUGUCUUCUAAGAAGCACUUAAAAAGUGGUCUAAUCCGGAAAAAGCUCCACUCCAUUAGGCGUGACGCUGAGGCUGGCGAACAGGACACAUCACAUUAUCAAUUAUUGAAGCUCAAAUCUUCCAUUAUUACUAGUACUGCUGUUACUUAAUACUGCCUUUCAGAGCCACAUUAGUGCAAUGUUGCUGAGUGCAGCUUUAACCUGUGUGUCAUCUCGCAUUUCUAAGCCAAUCCACUACAUGAAUAUAGGCUAGAAUUAGUAUUUAUUAAAAUGUAUAUGCAUGUGUAUGUGAAAGUAAUCUUAGGGCAUUCUAGUAUCAGAGUAUAGUAUCUAGUAUUAGGGCAUUCUUCAUUAGCAUCGUGCAUGUGACUAUAGUUCAAUAGAGCCAUGGAUGCAUCAUCAGUCUGUAACUCCAGCGCAUGGACGCGGUUCUGGCCAUAGUCGGCUCUUUGUGGUCUCUAACAUGACAAUCACACUCUGACCCAAACCAAACUAGACCAGGGGGGACCGAGGCAGGACCAGGCCGACCCGACGAGCUCUCUUUCCGGGUCACCACCAAAGAACUCGCAGCAGCCUUCCCUUACAGCGCCCAGCCCCACUCCAUGGAUAUACCAAAGCUACCCACCCACACACACACCCACACACACACACACACACCCACACACACACACACACACACACACACGUAGCCACAACCACAAACAUACCCCCAUGCACAUACACAUUUUCACUCACCUUCUCAAAUUAAACCUGCGUGGGCUGUGCUUUGUAAGGGAACUAAGCCAACAAAAUCACACACAAGAAGGAAUCCAUUGUUAUGUGGUCAGUGUGUGUUUUGAUGUGAUGUGUAACCAUCAUCUCACCAGUGUAGAGCAUGUGUAUAAGUAUAGUUUUAGACUAGUGAAGCUGUGUGCUGUUAUCUGCUGUAAUACUGGACAACCUUGUCAAUAGUGACCAGAGAUGGGGGGGCCCCCUGUUUCUUUGGCUUAGUAAUGUACAGUAUUCAUGUACCACAGUCACCUUCUCCUGUUUCCAGUUUUACAAAAACACCCUUUUGGUCCCAUGUCAGAAGGGGCGUAGCUUUCAAUUGCUGAGGUGUGCGCUUGCCUGAGGUGGCCUGUAAGGGGCGGGGCUUUUUUGGAGCCAUUUGGGCACCAAGCUCAGAAUGUAGGGCAACCCCCAGCCACCUUAAAAAAAUAACCCCUUCCCCCUAAAAAAAAAAAGGUGCCCCGGCUCUCACAGGCAAACCCAGUCGCACCCUAAAGGGCUAUCAGCUGAAGUCACUUUUUAAAAAUGUUGGUAGUGUUAGUCGUGUUUCUGAGCACCAGGGGGCCCUAGAGACCAGCAGAUAGGUAAGAGAAUAUGUGGAGGGCGGGUUUCAAGCAAAGAAGAACAGAGGGGAUUGUUACCAAAACAUAAGAGAGAGAGAUUCUGACCUGAAAAAGAGUGAAUGAAUGAAUGUUAAAAGAAAACGAAUGUGAUUUUGAUGAAACUGGAGAGAUUACUGUUGAAUUGUUUGAAAUAUCCAAUAAAUGUAAUAGUUGGGAAAAAACAAAUCCUGACAUGUGGAAAUUAUGACAAGAUAUUAGACGGUCAGAUCAAACACCUCAGUUGCUCCUCGCAGAACCUCGUGGAUGAAUUCCAUGAACGCUGAAGUUUGCAUGUAGCGAAGUAUACGGUCUUCUUUCAGCGUUUCCUCUCUUCUCUAAGCUAUUUUCUGCCAUCUACACUUAGGUUUCCUCCCACACGACUUCUACCCAAACUGCCUGGGGGGCUCCUGAAUGUAUUUUGUCCUUUUUUUGAAGUGCUGUACAGUAUUGUCAACCUACGCCUCUCAGAAGCCCUCGCUAUGGUUUGCACUUCUAUCCCCGCUCCACAUCUUUGACAUUUAACCCCGCACAUGAAAACCCAGCUCCCUCCUGCUCCUCCUUAAGGUCUAUAAAUAGUGAAGUUCAGUAGCGAUUUGUGAAAGUCGACAGCUCCUGUAAGCUGGCGCUCGAUCAGUUUGUAUAGACCUUGGUCCUCCUUGCACUUGUAGAUACUUUUUAUUUAUAGAGCAGGUUACCCGACC